GAGCUGCUGGUUCCCGUUACCCCGUUCCUCCUUAAACUGGUUCCCAUUACUUCCCACACCCGAACUCGAAAGCCAGAGUAUGAAGCUCAGUGGGUGCCGCCCGUGUCCUGCUCAGGACAGAAGCAAAAGUACGGCAUGGAGCUGCUCUCCUUUCCAUGGUACAAGCUCCAGGCUGAGUCCCGAGUGGGUGAGAAGAGCUGGAGCGCAAAGGACCCAUCGGCGCAGAAUUUGCAAGCCAUCGCUGUCAAAUUUUCGACCGAUGAUGACAUCUUCCGGUCUCCAGGUGUCUUGCAAUUCAGUGACCUUUCAGGCGACUCUUUCAUCAGCCCCGGAUCUUCGGGAACACUGAGCAACAAGCAACGGCGCAACAAGGGAAAGGGUAAUGCCAACAAAGUGGCCAAGCUCUUGGACGUGCAGCUGACAACAGUGCAGUACAUGGCCAAGCUCACUACAAGUUUCACUUUUUGCAAGGCCGCCUUGACACAAGCUGUUGAGAAAAGCGAGCAAUUCUUCAACGCUCAUGAGGAGCUGACGAAGACAUUCCGGGACUUGCUUGACAAGGGCAUUUCGGAGGACCGCGUCAUGGAUCGGAGUUUGGGCUUGCGAGAGCAAGCAGGCGUCAUCAAAGCCUUUUUCACUCUUGACAGACGCACGGAGGCUUGCAGGCUGGCGUUGCAUGGUGCAGACCUGAAGCCGGUGCCCUCGGCGAAGGCUUCGGAGAGUGAGAUGGAUGCGUCGAAGUCGAAGGAGUCGGAGCCGAAAGACUCCACAGGCGGCUCAGACCCAGGCCACACGGAUGGUGAUCUCGCCGGUGGGAAGUCCGAGGAAGUUCAAAACGAAAUCCAAGUGGCCCAGGAAAAGUUUGAGAAGCUGAUCAAGUCCGACAAGUCCAUGGCGACCUACGCAUCCAAGGCCGUGGUUGUCGGAUACUUCCUUCUCGAUGAUCUUUUCGAUUCCUGCAGCACGAAAGAUGAGUUCAAGGAUCGGCUGAAGUUGAUACAGGAUCGGGCCAAGGACACGAAGACGUUGGCCGGUGCUUUGAGGAAGUGUGUUACGGAACUCGGUGGUAUGAUCAAGGCUGUGAACAAGGCCCAUCAAACCUUGCAGAACCAGCUCCAAGAGGACAACAAGCGCAUGGGAACUUUGCGCUUCAGCUGGAAUUUGGAAGUCAACCUGAACUGUAAUAGUAAUUGUUACCAUCCCCAUCAAAGCAUCCCGCCCCACAACGACCAGUUUAGGAUUGGCCGGAUGAACUUUCAGAAGAUCAUCCAAGAGAGCGACCCCGAUGCUUUGAAACACUUCAAGCACAUCAUGAAGGCCAGGCCCAUCCGAGUCGUCAAGGAUGCGACUAUUCCCGGAGGUGACCAAGAAGAUGGUUUGGGAGAGCUUGUCGCAGACCUGCCGAUGAUUGUCACUUGGUCCGUUCGCAAGGGCAGAUCUGUCAUCAGACAGGUCUCAGAUGGCGAGGGACACAAGGUGAUGGACAGUGCCCUAAAGCAGUUCCGCGAGCAGACCUCAACGGACGGCAAUGGCAAGGUCUUGGCCGCACUCGAAGAGAAGGGCCUGGCAGAGAAGGUUUCCAAUGCUCUGAUCAGCCUCCUUCCGAAGGAGUGGGACAACACCUGCAUGGUACAGGAGACGGACCUGGAAACUGCGUCCAACGACAUGGAAGACGGCAAAGGUGCUCUGAGCCAGCUUCAGCAAGCUGCCACAGUUCCGGAUGGUCUUGAGCUCGAAACACUGUGCGCGGGCCACGUGAGAACCGGCGACGUGUUGUUCUGUCCGGCUGGCUAUAUCAUGCUGGAGAAGGCCGUGAACGACACGUCAGUGGCCUUGAGGAUCUUCGAUCGUCAUGUGUCUGACUCCGCGAAUGCUUCUCUGCGAUUGGUUGGCGAGCAGGUCAAGAUGAAGCCUUACCUGGAGCUGAUGCUGAAAGUGUUGCCCGAGAUCCAGAGCCCGAAGCCAGUCCCAAGCCUUCUAGAGCAGGAGGAGCUGUCAGAGGCACCUGAAGAGGCUUUUGGUGAUUUUGGUGACUUGGUGAUUGGGAAUUUGGUGACGGUGGGCGGUGGGCUUGGCGUGCUUCGGGCUUCGGAGCCUUAG